GUAGGUUGUGGUUGUCCGCAGCCAGCAGCAGCAGCUCGGCGGACACAGAUUGCAGUAGCUACUUGCUGGAUGAGCGCUGUGACAGUCUGGUGGUUAAAUAUGGAAUAUUUACAUGGAGCGAACAGCAAGAACACCGUGCGCACCCGUGAGAAAAAAACGAGGCUGUAGCUGCGCAAAUUACAAAACCAUCUAACCCCGCGGUUAUUUAUGGCUUCUGGCUCGGAGGAUGAUGAAGGGAACACGACGGGCGCUUCAUGGAGACUUAUAGGCCCAGCCUCGGAGCUUUCCAAGAAGCCCUGCCGUGUAAUGUACUCCCCUCUCGGCCGCGACAGUGAUGUCUGCCUCUUUUAUGUCAGGGGACAGUUUUUUGCCAUGGACGCCCGCUGUGCACACUCCGGGGGUCCUCUGUGUGAGGGGGACAUUGAGGAGGCUGAUGGAGUCCUGCAGGUCUUCUGCCCCUGGCAUGACUACGGCUAUGAUCUCAGAACUGGGAAGUCUGGGACAUUAUUAGAGCAACAAGUUUAUGAAGUAAAGCUGGUGGACGGCGACGUGUACGUGAAGCACGCAAGUCAUCUCUCCCUCAGGCCUUUUCCAGCAAAUCCGAAAAACUGAGUUAUCUCAGCGCAGCUGGUUCAUCCUAUUUUUAAGACUUUUUCCACAAGCACAAGUCAUCCGAAAACAUUCCAGAGCCUUAUCUCUGUUGUUCUAAGAGUUGUUUUUACUUUGCUGAGAGCUCAGGACUAAGGAGACCGUCCGAAGAGGACAUGACAUCGUGAAGUUGUUUUUCUUGUUGGCACUGUAUACCAGGCAAAGUUCAGAGUUCAACACAAGCUGUUAAGAUGAAGAGUUGUGAACUUUAUGUUUUUCUCAAUGGAGAAAAGGCAAAUACAAGAAAUACAUUUCUUUGCAAAAGUAUUCAUAUCCUGUUUGUCUAUCCCCACAAACUUCAUGUAUUUAAUUAAGACUUUAUCUGACAGAACAAAUUGUGAGGUGUCAGAAAAAAAAAAGAGGAUUUGUUUUCAAUAUUAGUUCUUGUCAAUAAAACUCUGAAACGUC